AUGCGUAUCGCAGCUCACUGUCCUCAUCUCCUCCGUCUUGACCUUGGCUGGUGCACAGGUAUCGAGUCCGAACCCUCAGGUUGUCUUCGUGAGCUUGUCUCUAAAUGUCGCAAACUUCAGGUUCUCUCACUCGCUGCUGUUCGAUCGGUGACACCAGCCGACGUGGAUGCAAUUUCUGAUUUCCUGCAGGACACUUUGGUAGAUUUAGAUCUAAUUGGCAAUGCUCUUAUCAACCAGGCAUGCAUCAAUCGUCUUUUAGCUAAUUGUACUAAGUUGAAGUAUUUGGAUAUAUCUCAUUGUCCGUCUAUAUCAAUUUACGAAGCGCUUUCACUCCGAGCCAACUACAAUCACUGCACAAUUGUUUUCAAUCACCAUACCUUUUUGCCCACAACGUAUGAUGAUGAAAAUUGGCAGGAAAUGAAUUUUGAGUUGCCUCAAUUACCACCUCCUCAUCAAUUUCCUCCUCUGGCUUUGCCCGCACCGACAGAAGAUUACGAUGGCUGA